UGGAAUCUAAAAUUGGAAAAUAGUCAUGGCGUCCAGUGAAAAUAUUUUCAAUAACCUCUCCUCAAAUUUUUCACAACUUUCUUACGGCCGGACAAAAGGGGACAUUUCUCAGAUAAAUCGCAUUCUCGACGAGAUAAACGGCUUAGAUUACCGAUAUCCUUUGGUUACGAACAAAACUAGAGCGGUCCUACUCGUCAACCAGUGCUGCUCCCUUAUACCACAUGACGAAUCCGAUUUAGUAUCUAAGUGUUGUCGUUUAAUAACCAACCUCGUCGUACACCAACGAAUCGAAAUCGAGGGACAGACGCUAUCGCUCGUCGCGCAGUGGUGCCUACUAGCAAUUAAACAUACUCCUUCUACCAAUGCGGAAAUUCUAGGGGUGCUUAAAGCUCUACUAACUUGUAAUGAAAAAAAUUCACUACACCUUUUAUCACUAAUAAUAUGCAGUGACAGUCCCGUACUAUCUGUAGCUUGUGGAAGUUAUCUGGAAACUGCGCUAACCGCAGUACAAUGUCUGGAAGCUUGUACGUACUGCGACGAACUUAGGACUGCAAACAUAAAAUCUGAACUCGAAUUAGCCUCCACCAUCUUUUUGAAGUAUCUCACACAAGAACCAAAAGUUGACAGCAUACUGUAUAAUAAGGUAUUGAUUUCAGCACUCAGAGGUCUACAGAAUGUGAUCACGCUCGAUCCUGAUUUUUUAAAAAAGGAGCUCGGUCUUCUUUUAGGUGUCACGAAAUCGUUUAUGCUCUACAGCAUUAAGGGGGUUAGUUUCGAAAAGCCUCAAAGAGUUGGGGCGUCGGUUUUAAACGUGCCUGGAACACCUUUAGUGCUACCAAAGGAGAAAAAGGGUGGAAAGAUCGCGAAGCAAAGAAAACCAAGAAAUAAUAAAAAGGAUGCCAAGAAGCAGGAGGAUGAUGACGAGGAUUUCUACUUUCCGAUCGCGAGUGAUGCCGAAGAUGCGUCAGUCAGCAGCAGAAAGUUUAAAACGAGUGAUUCCGAUUUUUCGGAUAGCGAACAUGGUAGAAUGGCGAGGGUGGGAACAGCCCAGGAUAAAGUUAGACAGGCAGCUUUGCAAUUAUUGCUUCAAAUUGUGAAGAUGACAGAUAAAGCUACAAUAUUUGGAUAUUGGUCAAGCUUGAUUCCGGACGACAUGCUGGUUAGCGCAAACAACCUGAGCACGUGCAUUCUAAAAGAUCCCUCUCCGAAGGGCCGCAUGGCCGCCUUACAUGUACUGCUGACUUUAAUCACGCGUUCCAAAUUAUAUCUCGUGCAAGCCGAAACAAGUAAAAAAUACACAGCAUACACUCCAUUCUCUGUAAUACUCGGCGCGAUGGUAACCGACCUGCACAGGUGUCUCAGUCUGGCGCUCAACGAAAACUACGUCACCGUCUUAUUGCAGGUGUUCAAAUGUCUGGCAGCCUUAGUUCAGGCGUCGCCCUACCAUAAGUUAAUGCCGGGAAUUGCUCGCAAGGUCAUUCGAAAUGUUAAGGUGUACAUUAAUCACAGAGAUGCAGCAGUUCAAGUUGCCGCAUUAAUCGUCUUAGAGUGCAUCCUAGGUUCUGAGCCUGUAGUGCCCGAAACGAAAAUUGCCUUGCUAAGGCAUAGAGAGGGCAAUAAACUUCCAGCUCUUGACCAAAAGGAUCUUUCAUGUAAUGAUCUACAAGAGGAAGAAUUUGUCGAUUUCUCAUCCGACGAAGAGGACACCACUACGAGCAGUUACCAAGAGAUGCCGUGGUUAUUGGAAAGUUGCCUUAGUAAUUUAGGAGUUCAGGUUGCAGUGUCGUCACCGGUUAAGGUUCAAUCGCUACGCGUCAUUUCGGCCAUGACGCGAAAUUAUUUUAGUUGUUUAAUUGUGCCAUUUCUGGGUCAGAUAGCGAGAGUGUUAGAUCUGUGUCUAAACGAUAGCUACAUGGAUCUGAGGUUGCAUGCAGGGCGCACCAUUGAUUUCAUUGGACAGUCGUUGAACCAACAUUUGGAUGCUGAAGAUGACAACAAAUGCGUCACUCCCGAACAAGGACUCAUCUUUUGGCAGAUUCUUAUAAACAAUUCCUUAACGGCUCUCUUACAAUCUCAACACCAUUCCGUGCUGAGAGCUGUUGGUUGCGAUUGUUUAGCCAGUAUUGGUCCGCAUAUUUUCGAACGUUUUACCAGAGACAAACAAAUUUUGAUUAUUACUUUACUUUUCCCGUGCAGUCGUGACGAUGACAAUAACGUACGGGCGGCCACGGUUCGCGCACUCGCAAUAAGCGUCUUGUAUCCAUCAUUGCGUGACGACCCCGGUUUUGUCGUUGAUGUUGCGUUGGUAAUUCGUCGUAUGCUCGAAGACAGCUCAAUGGUGGUGCGCAUCAAAGCGUCGUGGUCUCUGGGAAAUUUAAGCGACGCCCUAGUCCUAAACAAAGAAGAUUCUAACAAAGAGGAAAUUCCCGACCACGUCUUGCUGCAGCUGCUACAGAUCGCGAUCCAGGCCUCCAAAGAUAACGAUAAAAUCAAAGUAAACGCCGUUCGCGCCUUGGGAAAUCUCCUCCAGCUGGUGAACGGUGAGACGAUUAAGCAGGACGAUUUUAAAGUGGCGGUCGAGGAGGGAGUGGACGCGGUGAUACGAUGUUGCACGACUGGUACCAACAUGAAGUUGCGUUGGAACUCGUGCUACGCCGUCGGCAGAGCUUUGAAACUGGCGAAAUUUCCGAUCAACGAUUACAUACGAAAGGACUCGUUGUUUUGCUCGCUUGCCGAUCUCAUUUUGAGUUUUCCCAAUUUUAAGGUGCGAAUUAACGCGGCGUUAGCGCUCUCGUGUAUUAAUACGAGAGAAGGGUAUCAGAAUUACUUCGUGUUUGUGUGGGAGUCGCUGCUGAAAGCCUUGGAGAACACCCAGAAUAUAGAAGACUUCAGCGAAUACAAUCACCAAGAUCAUUUGGUGGACCAGAUAUGCCUCACACUGGGCCAUUUAACGACGUUACUAAGACCUGAAGACUUCGCGUUGAUCAACAGUAGCACUUAUCUGUACCUCGACUUAUUACAGCACCAAAUGCACAAAGUGUUAGAUAGGCUACUACCGGAGAGGUCGGCAGUUUUAUUAUCGGCGGCGACGCACUUGCGUUACAUGCACGUUGAAAGCUAUACCAGUGAACAACGGCAACUGUACUUGGAUUUACUAAAAGUCUAUACUAAUGAAUAGCUAUCUCUGAUUAAUAUUUUUACACAAAUAAAUUAUUUAUAUACUGUUA